GGUGUCUGUGUCCCUGCAGGGAUGCGGUGCGGAAGCAGAAGCGGCUGGAAUGUGGGGGGCUGCCCCCCACUGAGCUCCCCAGCCAGCAGCUGGGACCCCUGGCAGCACCCCUGGCCCCCGGCACGCAAGUGCUCAUCCUCCCACUGGUGGACAAGGAGAGCGGGGCCGUGGUGUGCGUCAUCCUGGUGCACUGCGGCCAACUGAGCGACCUGGACGAGCAGAACCUGCGGGCGCUGGAGAGACACACCCUGGUAGCGUUCCGGCGCCUGCAGGCCCUGCAGAAGCUGCAGCCCUGGCCCCAGGUCAGCCUCUCCACCAGUUCCUCCCAGACCUCCUUGGCCAAGGCUGAGAAGGGGCCCAACAGCAGCUACAGCGCCCUGGACUGCAAGAUCCUGCAGCUCUGCGGUGAGCUCUAUGACCUGGAUGCUGCCUCGCUCCAGCUCAAGGUGGUCAACUAUCUGAAGCAGGAGACCCAGUCCCUGUGCUGCUGCCUCCUGCUUGUGUCUGAGGACAACCACCAGCUCUUCUGCCAGGUGGUGGGGGACCGUGUCCUGGAGGAGGAGAUCAGCUUCUCGCUCACCUUCGGGCGCCUGGGGCAAGUGGUGGAGGACAAGAAGUCCAUCACCUUGAAGGACAUCAGCGAGGAGGAGCACAAGCAGCUGAGCAGCAUGCUGGGCUGCCAGGUCACCUCCAUGCUCUGUGUCCCCGUCAUCAGCCGUGCCACCUCCCAAGUGGUGGCAUUGGCCUGCGCCUUCAACAAGCUGAGCGGUGAGAGCUACACAGAGGCGGAUGAGCACAAGAUCCAGCACUGCUUCUGCUACACCUCCACGGUGCUCACCAGCACCUUGGCCUUCCAGAAGGAGCAGAAGCUCAAGUGCGAGUGCCAGGCCCUGCUGCAGGUGGCAAAGAACCUCUUCACCCACUUGGACGACGUCUCCGUUCUGCUCCAGGAGAUCAUCACCGAGGCGCGGAACCUCAGCAACGCCGAGAUAUGCUCCGUGUUCCUGCUGGACCGGCUCAGCCACGAGCUGGUGGCCAAAGUGUUUGAUGGAGGAGUGGUGGAUGAUGAGAGCUACGAGAUCCGCAUCCCCGCUGACCAGGGCAUCGCCGGGCACGUGGCCACCACGGGCAAGAUCCUCAACAUCAAGGAUGCCUAUUCCCACCCGCUCUUCUACCGCGGCGUGGACGACAGCACCGGCUUCCGCACCAGGAACAUCCUCUGCUUCCCCAUCAAGAACGAGAGCCAGGAGGUGAUCGGGGUGGCGGAGCUGGUCAACAAGAUCAAUGGGCCCUGGUUCAGCAAGUUCGAUGAGGACCUGGCCACCGCCUUCUCCAUCUACUGCGGCAUCAGCAUCGCCCAUUCUCUGCUCUACAAGAAGGUGAAUGAGGCGCAGUACCGCAGCCACCUGGCCAACGAGAUGAUGAUGUACCACAUGAAGGUAUCGGAUGAUGAGUACACGAAGCUGCUGAACGAGGGCAUCCAGCCCGUGGCCACCAUCGACCCCAACUUCGCCAACUUCACCUACACCCCGCGCUCGCUGCCCGAGGAUGACACCUCCAUGGCCAUCCUGAGCAUGCUGCAGGACAUGAACUUCAUCAACACCUACAAGAUGGACCGUCAGACACUCACCAGGUUCUGCCUGAUGGUGAAGAAGGGCUACCGGGACCCCCCGUACCACAACUGGAUGCACGCCUUCUCCGUCUCCCACUUCUGCUACCUGCUCUACAAGAACCUGGAGCUCGUCAACUACCUGGAAGACAUCGAGAUCUUUGCCCUCUUCAUCUCCUGCAUGUGCCACGACCUGGACCACAGAGGCACCAAUAACUCCUUCCAGGUGGCCUCGAAAUCAGUCCUGGCUGCGCUGUACAGCUCAGAGGGCUCCGUCAUGGAGCGGCAUCACUUUGCCCAAGCCAUCGCCAUCCUCAACAGCCAAGGCUGCAACAUCUUUGACCACUUCUCCCGUAAGGACUACCAGCGCAUGCUGGACCUCAUGAGGGACAUCAUCUUGGCCACCGACCUGGCCCAUCACCUCCGCAUCUUCAAGGACCUCCAGAAGAUGGCAGAAGUGGGCUACGACCCCAAGAACAAGCAGCACCACAGCCUCUUGCUCUGCCUGCUCAUGACCUCCUGCGACCUCUCCGACCAGACCAAGGGCUGGAAGACCACCAGGAAGAUCGCGGAGCUGAUCUACAAGGAGUUCUUCUCCCAGGGUGACCUGGAGAAAGCCAUGGGCAACCGCCCGCUGGAGAUGAUGGACCGGGAGAAAGCCUACAUCCCAGAGCUGCAGAUCAGCUUCAUGGAGCACAUCGCCAUGCCCAUCUACAAGUUGCUCCAGGACCUCUUCCCGAAGGCAUCGGAGCUCUAUGAGAGGGUGGCCAGCAACCGGGAGCAGUGGACGAAGGUGUCCCACAAGUUCACCAUCCGUGGUCUGCCCAGCAACAACUCCUUGGACUUCCUGGAUGAGGAAUACGACCCCCAGCUCAACGGGUGCCUGGAGCCCGAGGGGGGACACCCCAUGGCAGGGGCGGAGUGAAGGAGGUGAUGGGGGGGCACCAUGGAUGGUCCCCCCCCCUACCCCAGCCCAUGGGGAGGAGGUUGUGGGGUGGUGGGGA